AUGCCUCAGUGCAGUGCACUGGCUGCCAUCAUGUUUAUCUGCUAUGCGGAAUGGGAUCUACAGGCGGCGUUCAAUGCUGCCAUGCACAAGUAUCAGAGAACUCCGGGAAGUCCCCUGUCUCCAGCCAAGCUGUACAGGAAUGAUGGCGAUGACCUUUCACGCACAUGCUGCUGCGCAUUCAGAAGGAGCUGCGACAUUAUAACGCAGCACAGAAACGUCAGUUGCUGGAACAGAGACAGCGAGAGAGGCAGACAUCGUUGUUCGGUCACUCUGACUGUGGACACAACACAGGCAGCGCACCCUCGUCCUGGGUCUUCAGCAUAUGCCGUCCAGCAGCUGGAGAGAGCCAACACCACCAUGCCACUACGGUCAACCACUGCAGCCUCCUCCUCCCUCGGCCCUCAGCGCCCCGGCCCCCAGACUGCACACUUCGGUGCCUUGAAACACCACCAGCAGAAGCAGACUGACCGGAAUGAACGUGCAGCUGAAACUCCCUUCAGGUUACCUACGAGCCCUGUGCCACGGCCUGCACGGGCCAGAGCCUGGUCAGAGAGGAAGGGAACUCCAGAAAGCCAGAAGAAGAUUGACCCUCAAAUGCUGGACCCACGAAACCCCCACGCCAUCAGACCCAAGUCCAGUCGGUCAAUACCCAGCAAGUGCAGUCGCUACAUCCUGGUGUCUCGGCCGAAAGAUCAGAACCAGCUUCCAGUACCGUCCCCCAUGGAGGAGCAGCUUCUGUUUGAACGCUUCCCAAACAUUGGCAUGAAGACUCUCAACACAUUUGAUGGAACCAUCAUCCGUCAGCGCAAACCUACCUAUGGCAUAGAGUACAGUCCCUUUGCCCCUCAGAUGCACUGACGACAGAGUACAGUCCCCUUGCCUCACAUGUUAUGUACAGACAACAGAGUUCAGUCCCUUUGCCCCUCAGGGGCAUUAACAAUAGAGUACAUUCCCCUUGCCUCACAUGUGAUAUACAGACAGCAGAGUUCUGUCCCUUUGACCCUCACAUGCAUUAACAACAGAGUACAUUCCCCUUGCCUCACAUGUGAUGUACAGACAGCAGAGUUCUGUCCCUUUGACCCUCAGAUGCAUUGACAAUAAAGUACAUUCCCCUUGCCUCACAUGUGAUGUACAGACAGCAGAGUUCUGUCCCUUUGCCCCAUAGAAGCUCUUACAUGGGCUGAUCAGUUCUAGUUUGUAACAAUAUUGGUAUAAUACAUGACACCAUGAUAGAUGGACACUACCUGUGAUACAUACAUGUAUAUUACAGACACCUUGUCAUUAAACAAGCAAGCUUACAUGUCUGUGAAAAAUAGACUCAUAUGUGGUUUGUCCAGUCCCAUAGUCCUGUAAACCAGUGGGUCACUUUGUCUUUCGUAUCCAGAUCAAGCUAAAGGUGAUAUACCAGAUUAUUUGGCAUUAUGUGGAAGAUAAAUGGCAUACAUCUUUAAACUCAUCAUUAAAAUAUAUACCAUCCAAAGAAAAGUAGCGGAUAUUGGAUUUACAAGAUUGAUAAAAUGAAGCCAAGGAGGAAAGAGAAAUUAAGU